GAUGAGUGGGAUGACAUCGACGACUUCGACCUGUCGGGGAUCGAGAGGUUCUGCCGGCCGCCAGUCCUGUCCCCCAGGGGGCUGCGAGCCCCCGACAAGGCCCGCCCGGAGCCUCCCGGCUGUGCCGGCCCCGCGGGGCGCGGGGAGACACUGCCCGAGGCUGAGCCGCGCCCCUGCUCUCAGCAGUCCGUGAUCUGCCUCGAGGACUCACCUGGCGACCUGGUUCUGGAGGAGGACAGGGCAGAGCCUCGCCCAGCUGCUGGUGCUAAAGGAGGUGGGGGCCAGGAGCCACAGGGGGCUGGGAACAGCCCCUCAGAAUUGGAGGAGGCUGUUGGGCUGUUGGCAGGCGAUGAGCUGGAGGAGGAUGAGCUGGACAUCAUCCCUCCCUCCCCCGAGGAGGAGCUGCCUCCCUUCUCCCCUUCUGUACAAAGUGUCAGUAUUUUCAAAGACUCUCCCACUGGUGGAAGGUGCUCAGGUGGCAGCUCCGAGGCCGGGCCACGGGAGGUUCCCCCAACAGAACCUGGAGCUGGAGGUGAUCCCAGUGCGGGGGAUGCAGGUGAAGGUGUGCCUGUGGCCCGGCAGCUGCUCGGGGUCAUGGAGGCCAUCUGUGAGCUGGUGGAUGCCAUCCCACUGCAGGAGCUGCAGGCCCUGUCCUGUGCCAGAGCCCUGCUCCAGCACAGGGACCUCAGGAGAAAAUUGCUGGCUAAUUCUGUCAGCUUGAACCAAAAUUGCAUAAACACCACUUUUCCAAGAAGCUGGAAGGCUCCCAUGGAGCGUGGCCCUGGUGCCUGUCCUGCUGCUCCUCCAGGUUCUGGCCUGAGCUGGAGCUUCACUUCUGACAGAAACUCCCCCAAAUCCACAAACCUCCCAUCGGUGCUUUCUGUUCAUUCCAGCAACUUUUCUGCCAAAACAAAUCAAACCUUGGAUACCUCUUGUGCUUCAAAGCAAAGUGUUGAGGAGAUCACCUGCCCAGGAACUGCAGCACUGCCUUUUCCCAAGGGAAGUGGCAGGGAGGGAGGUUCCCUCAGGCUCAGCCUCCAGUCCGAGCCAUCCUGCCACAGCAGCUGGAGUGACAGUCCGGGAAUGAGGAAUGGGAACCAGCCCCUGGCCAGCACAGCCCCCAAAGCUCAGAGCACGGCUCCCACAGCCAGUCCUUCAGGGAACAGUUUGGGAACAAACGAUCCUGACUUUGACCUGGAUCACUUGGACAUCGAUGACUUUGCUGAGGACUGGGAGGAGCCGGUGGCUGUUUCGGCAGCACCGACACCGCUGUACCAGCCCAUCAGGGAAGGGCCACCCACCAAAUCCCUCUUGUCUAAGAUCAUGUCCAGAGCCAAAGGGUCUGCUGUGGGAUCCAGUCCUGCUGCUCCACAGUCAGGCUUCCUGAUGGCGACAAAGAACCGUCCGGACCCAGCGGUUCGUAACCCUGCACUGGAACGCUUCAGGGGUAUGAAAUUUUCCCAUUCUGAAGAAAUGAGGAAUAUAUUUCACAAGAAGUUUGGAUUGCACUCUUUCCGGACAAACCAGCUGGAGGCCAUCAAUGCUGCUCUGCUGGGGGAGGACUGUUUCAUCCUCAUGCCCACAGGAGGUGGGAAAAGCUUGUGCUACCAGUUACCAGCCUGUGUCUCUGCCGGGGUCACGAUCGUUAUCUCUCCGCUGAGGUCGCUGAUCAUCGAUCAGGUGCAGAAGCUGAAGACCUUAGAUAUUGCUGCAACAUACCUGACUGGUGACAGGACAGAUGCUGACGCCUCAAAAAUAUACAUGCAAUUGUCCAAGAAGGACCCUGUCAUAAAGCUGCUGUAUGUCACCCCUGAGAAGGUGUGUGCCAGCAGCCGACUGAUGUCAGCCCUGGAGAAUCUCUACGACAGGAAACUCUUGGCACGUUUUGUUAUCGAUGAGGCCCACUGUGUCAGCCAGUGGGGCCACGACUUCCGACAAGACUACAAACGCCUCAACAUGCUCCGCAGGAAGUUCCACUCGGUGCCCAUGAUGGCUCUCACUGCCACUGCCACCCCCCGCGUGCAGAAGGACAUCCAGAAUCAGCUUGAGAUGCUGAAACCACAAGUGUUUACAAUGAGCUUCAACAGGCAUAACUUGAAAUAUGAUGUGUUGCCCAAGAAGCCAAAGAAAGUGGCGAUGGAUUGCUUGGAAUGGAUUAAAAAAUAUCACCCCCAUGACUCUGGGAUAAUCUACUGCCUUUCCCGGCACGAGUGUGACACCACAGCAGCCAUCCUGCGGAAGGAGGGGCUGGCUGCCCUGGCCUACCACGCCGGCCUCACCGACUCCAACAGGGACCUCGUGCAGCAGAAGUGGGUCAAUCAGGAAGGAUGCCAGGUGAUUUGUGCAACAAUUGCCUUCGGAAUGGGCAUCGACAAACCCGACGUGCGCUACGUCAUCCACGCGUCCCUUCCCAAAUCCGUAGAGGGUUACUACCAGGAGUCUGGCAGAGCUGGGCGGGAUGGGGAGAUGUCUCACUGCCUGCUCUUCUACAGCUACAGCGACGUGACCAGACUGAGAAGGCUCAUCCUGAUGGAGAAGGAUGGGAACAGCCACACGAGGCAGACCCACUUCAACAACCUGUACAGCAUGGUGCACUACUGCGAGAACGUCAUCGAGUGCCGCCGCAUCCAGCUGCUCGCCUACUUCGGGGAGACCAACUUCAACCCCAACUUCUGCAAAGACCACCCAGAAGUGAUUUGUGAUAACUGCAGCAGAAAGAAGGAUUAUAAAUCAAGGAAUGUGACAGAGGAUGUGAAGAACAUCGUUCGGUUCGUAGGAGAGCACUGUGGGCAGGGGGCACGGAACAGGAGGAGGAGCCCAGGCUCGGGCAGGUACACCCUGAACAUGAUGGUGGAUAUCUUCAUAGGUACAACGAGUGCCAAGAUUCAGUCUGGAAUAUUUGGGAAGGGAGCUGCCUAUUCCAGGCAUAAUGCUGAUAGGCUGUUUAGAAAACUGGUCCUGGACAAAAUCCUGGAUGAGGAUUUGUACAUCACAGCCAAUGACCAAGCAGUGGCAUAUGUCAUUCUGGGAGAGAAAGCUCAGGCUGUGCUGGAUGGGUCACUGCAGGUGGAGUUCCACGAGACAGAGAAUACCAGUGCUAUCAGAAGGCAAAGGGCUUCCAUGGCAAAGAUGUCCCAGCGGGAAGAGGUGGUUAAACAGUGCCUCAGUGAACUCACAGACACGUGCAAAAUGCUGGGCAAAGUCUUUGAUGUGCAUUACUUCAAUAUUUUCAAUACCUCCACCCUAAAGAAAAUAGCAGAAACCUUGUCCUCAGACGUGGAGGUUUUGCUGCAGAUCGAUGGUGUCACAGAAGACAAACUGGAGAAAUACGGUGCAGAAAUAAUCAAAGUGAUGGAGAAGUACUCAGAACGUUCCUUCCCAGAAGAUGCUGCUGGCUCAGGUGCCAACACAGCCACAGGGAGCACCAGCACUCCUGGGAGCGAUGAAGAAGAAGAAGAAGAUGAUGCAGGUACAACCUCCAGCUAUUUUGGCAAUAACACAAACCAGAGGAGGAAAAGGAAACGGCCAGCAGACUCCAGAGACUCCAAGAGGAAAAAGACGAGUGCUGCUGGCAGCCAGCAGUUUCAGCCCAGAGGUGGCUACAGCAGGUACAGAAGGACCAAGAAGCCACAGAGCUCGAAGGCUCCGGCUUCCUCCAGCCCCAGCUUCACAUCCUGCAGUGUUGGUGCCACGCAGGGAGCUGCUGGGAGGCUGGGCAUGAUGGCACUGCCCAAGCCCAAAUCCAGGAACUUCCUCCAGCCUUCGUAUUCCAUAUUGUAA